AAUAUAUACAUAUAAUAUAAUUUAAAUUUAUAAGUUUAUUUAAAAGUAGUAUAUUUUUGUGCUCAGCACAUUCGUUUCACAGCACUGAUUUUGACAUUCACAUUGUAACGCGUUUUGUUUACAUUCGCAUAUUUUUUCAGCAAUAGCAUCAAAAUGAAUAUCUUACCCAAGAAACGCUGGCAUGUUCGCACUAAAGAUAAUAUUGCCCGCGUACGUCGCGACGAAGCAGCCGCCCAGGAAAUCGAAAACAAACGACUAGACAAAUUGAAAUUGGCCGAAAGCGAGGCGCGAAUCAACUACCUUCGACGGCAAUCGGGCUUGCCAGAAAAUGUGAGAAAAGGGUCUACUAACGAAGAAAGUGGUGAAAUUCCAUUAGAAGGAACUACAACACAAACUUCUACUGUUACAUCCGCAGUAGAUUUAUUUGCAGACUACAAAAGUCAUGUAAAGAAAACGAAUAAAGAUUUGGAAAAGGAGAAGAAAGAAGAACAGGAGAAGUAUGAAAAACAAAUUGGGUACCUCACAUACCUGGGACAGGACACAAAUGAAGCUCUGAAAGUGCGAAGUUGGUAUGAAUUGGCCCCAAAUCGAGCUGAAAAUCACACUGAAAUCCAAUUGAAAGCAAAGUUAUCACAAGAUCCACUAACCUUGAUAAAUGCGCUGGUCCCUAAAGAAAAGCCACCUCCUGUUCAAGCAGUCACUAAGCGACGCAAUCGCUCACCCACACCAACUUUGUCAGUGGUAGCAUCAGAGCGUUCGCCUGAAUCCAAGCGACAAAGAGAAAAUGAGAAAGACAGAAAGAAAAAGAAACACGACAAAAAGCAUAAGAAACGCAAGCGUAAGAGGAGUAAAUCUGAGAAAAGCAAUGAGGCCGCAGAAGACGCGAAGCGCGAUAAAUUAAACAGGUUACGCAAGGAGAGGCUGCUACGUGAGGAGAGGGAACGACAGCGCCAGGAACAGUUAUUCGCACCUAAGGAAACGGCAAUACCAGCCAAAGCAGCCAUCACACCAGCACCUACGCCACGAAUAGUACAAAAAUAUAACAGCCAAUUUAACCCAGAGUUUGCUAAGCAGAAUAUGAUUUAAUAUGAUUAAAAUAUUUAAUUUAUGAAUGUAUAUAUUAGUGUUUUUAUAUACAUACUUAAUGCUGUAAAUUGUGUUAAUAUUGUACAUUUGUUUAUAGUUUAUAUUUGCAGUAAGGGUCAUCGAAAAAUGUUGAAUAACAAAAUGUUGCAAAAUUGCUUGCAAUGUAAUUUAAUUAAUAUGUAUGUACAUAUAUACAUACAUAUGUAUCUUAUUAUACCAUACACUUACCUAACAACUCUUUAUAUGAGCUGUCCUAACCCAACAUUUAUUAAUUUAUUUUAUUAUUUUGCACGGUGAGCUUGACUUCUGUAAAACGGAAAUUGGAUAAGGCUUCACACAGAAACAUACAAUAAAUACAAUUUGAUAUACUAUCGUAA